UUUUUUGGAGUAAAUCCUAUCGGACCUCUUUUCAAGUGUUAUACAUCAAUUUGAUAUUUCAUUGAUUCGCCGUCGCUGUGUUUGGUGGAAAGAAACACAAGAUCUUUCUUCCAUCUUUACUAAGUCGCCAUGGGUAUUGAUCUUGAGAAGGGUGGUCGCAUCAAGAAGCGCAAUAGAACCGCACCCAAGUCGGAGAAUCCAUACUUGCUUUUAUUGGUAAAACUCUAUAGGUUCCUCGCUCGCAGAACCAAUUCCAAUUUUAACAAAACAGUGUUGAAGAGACUUUUCAUGUCACGUAAUAAUCAACCACCGCUUUGUUUAGGAAGAUUGGUGAAACUGUCUCGCAAGAACUCUGACAAAAUCAUUGUUAUUGUUGGUAAAGUCUUAGAUGAUGAAAGGCUUUAUGAAGUUCCUAAGAUGACGGUCUGUUGUUUGAAGAUUUCAGACAGUGCAAGAGCACGCAUUCAGAAGGCAGGAGGCGAAGUUUUGACUUUUGAUCAACUUGCACUUCGUUCACCCAAAGGUUCCAAUUGCUUCCUUUUAAGAGGUCCAAAACAUGCUCGCGAAGUUUACAAACACUUUGAAGGUGUUGCUGUCGAAGGUCACGUGAAGCCUUAUGUACGAAACAAGGAAAGGAAAUUGGAAAGAGCACGUGGACGACGACCAAGUCGCGGUUUUAAGAGAAAGCCUAAGAAGGUAUAGUUGGAGAAUUUGUUUUUUAUAAACACAAGGCAAAUGUUGGAAGCCUAAACUCGUUGUUUUGUUCUUUUAUUCUGACUGGUGAUAAGCAUUUGGUGUAUGAACACUCAGGAUAUGCAGUCUUUCAUACACAUUCAUUCACACACACAC